AAUUCAAAACACGACUCAGUAUCUACUCCGUAGCAGUAGAUAGCAGCCACUCCGAACGGUAGAUACUAAGUACUACCUAAAGUGCCUCUCUAUUCCGUACCACAGCACAAUAGUUAUUAUUUAGUUAACUAAGUAGGAUGACAAAGCCCGAAGGAACUUAUAAAUAUGGGUCCUGUCCUAGUCUACAUAGUAGCUCGGGAAGGUGACAGCUGCGUUCCCUUCCCAGCACCCACCAAUCUUCUUUCCCCUACAUACAGUGCGAUAGUGCCGCCCCUUGAAGUUUGGCUAAAGUACUCAGUGCGGAGUGCCAACAUGUGUAAACUCCUCACAUACCUGGUCAGGGUACCUGCCAGCCCUCUGGACUCUAAGAGGGGUGAAGAGGAGGGGGAGGAGGAGGAGGAGGAGGAGGAGGAGGUGGUGGUGGUGGUGGUGCGGAAUAUCGAGUACCGAGGCAUUGUUGGAAUUCCGUGCAAUAAUAAUAGCGAUGGCAGUGCGAGAUGAGAACCAACUCACACCGUUCCAAGCUUCCUGGUUCUAGGCCUCAGCUAACCCGAAGAGAGAUCCACUCAUGUUGGGCAGCGUCGAAUAUCAAGGGUCGUCUCCAUAGCCACAGGACCACUUUUCUCAGCUUUGCCACGAAGUGACGAUCCCCAGCCCGUUCCAGACUUCCUCCCCAACCCGAGGCGGACCCUCUAUUUAGGACUAUCUAGUACGUACAUAUAGUAGUAUCUAGACUAAGUACUCUGCAGAUAGCAGUGGCAGUAGUACUUUGCAGAAGUCUGUAGGGGCA